AGGUGGUGCAAGCGGCAGGUUUUCUAUUGGAUACGUCUCACGUUCUCCUACGCCUCGCUAGCGGUUUGGUUGCAAUUGGGGGGCCGAAGCUUCAAAUGAGAUCCAUUAUUUAGAUCUGAACUCCAUCUCUAUCCCUCCUUUGAGCUUCUCUCUCUCGGAGUCACUUUAAUCCAUGGCUCAAGAUUCAGGGGUUCUCUGAGAUUCGAAUUACAGGUUUUUCCUUCUAUACUGAAUUUUCCGAAGAAACAAAAAAUGGGAGUCGUCAUUGAAAGCUCCGUUUGGGAACCGAAUCUCGCCCUAUACAUUUUCAUCUUCAUCUCCUGCCUCCUUUCCAUAUUUCUCUUCCCUUACGCAUCCAAUAACAACAGCUCCAUUAAAACCCCGGCCCUCUUCGACCAUGGAUUCUCUUCCUCCUUCUUUCGUUUCCAGCGGAACUUCCUAUUCGUCUAUUCCCUCGCUUCAGCAAUGGAAGGACUAUGGGCAGUCUUCGGAGAGUUCGAGCUGGCUCACUAUGGAGUUAGCAGAGAGCAAAUGAUUUUGUCUCUCGGUGUUGGUUCUGCAGCUGCUCUUUUCGUUGGCACUUUCUUAGGCAUGCUUUCUGAUCUAAUAGGUCAAAAGAAAGUUUGUCUCAUUUUUUGCAUCCUUCACCUGUUUGUCGGCAUUUGGAAGAGGAUUAUUGGUCACCCAAGUGUUCUGGUAGCAAGCAUCUGUUUGUCUCUCGCCUCUUCAAUAUUUUCAUUCAGUUUUGAGACAUGGGUGGUAGUUCAACAUGAAAAGCAAGGGCAGAGGCAAGAUUCAAUGAGUGACACAUUUUGGUUAAUGACUUUUUUUGAGUCUGCGUCUUACAUUGGAAGCCAGGUGCUUGCAAAUUGGCUCAUUGGUGAUAAUAUGGAGAAGAACAUAGCAUCUCCUUCCAAUGCAGCUAUCUUGUUGGGAAUGAUAAGCAUAACUUCUGUUACUGUAGGAUUGAAAGGACCUUCGCAGACUGCUUCAUUUAAGGAGUAUAGAGUGUCCUUUUAUUCAUAUAUUUUAGGUGAUAAAAGGAUAUGCCUUUUGGCAUGGGCUCAAGCUUGCCUUCACUUCUCCAUUACAGUGUUUUGGCUUUUAUGGGCCCCGACAUUGGUGGCUGAUGGACGAGAAGUGCAUCUCGGAUUGGUAUAUCCCUGUUUGCUGGGUGCUAGAAUGCUUGGAAGCACAUUGUUCCCAUGGCUCAUUAGUGGACCAUCACCACUCCGCACUGAAGAUUGUCUACUAUAUUCAUUUAUCGUACUGGGGCUUGUGUUAUCUAUAAUAGCUUAUGAUUAUCAGGAAAUUGAAGUUCUAGUUGCACUAUUUUGCUUAUUCCAUGGGUGUGUUGGCUUAAUCUUACCUUCACUUGCCAGAUUGAGGACCAUGUAUGUACCAAAUGAGUUGCGAGGAGGAAUGAUGAGCCUUUCUCUAGCCCCUGCCAAUGCAGCAAUUCUGCUUUUUAUGACCCAAGGAGUCUACUAUCGGAACAUUGGGAAUGCAGCAAUAAUGGCAUUUGCUGCGAUGUGUCUACUCACAGCAGCUUUUGGUAUGCAUGUAUUGAAGCGAUUGGGGAAGCAACCAUAUCAAAACUGGCACAAAUUGUGAUUUCAAACCCAUUAAAUUUGUUUCAUGUCCUCAUGGUUGUUGGUUUCUGGUUUGCCUUCAUUGGUCACUAAAUGAUGAGAACAAGAAGCAAGAAGAAAAUGAGAUUUUGUGGGUACAGACAGGACUGUGCAGAUGCAUCGAGGGUAUACCCUGAAGAAGUGGGGGAAAAAAGGAAAAACCAAAUCGAGAUUCAACUCUUAAAAGAUUCCCCCGGAUGUCGACAGGCACCUAGUUGGAGCAUGAAGGAUAUUGGUUUCAUUUUUUGAGGCAAUGCCGGUAUAGUAAAUGGUGAGUUAGAAUAGGAAACAUAAGAUUUACACGUUGAUCGUUAUGUCAGGUAUGUUGUGGGACUACACAGCGCCGCCAUUCGGGUUAUGAUUGAUUUGAAAAGGUUAAAAAAAAAUAUAUAUAUAUAUACACACACACACACAUAUUUGGCGCGUAUUGUAGUAGAUGAUUGCUUGGUCGCGGAUACAUCUACGUUGUCUUGUCUACUGCCGAAAAUUUUGUAAAGGACAGCUUGAAGAAUUUAAGAAUAUCCUAAAUUCA